AAUUCGAAUUCCUUUGGCCCAAGAGCAGUUUUUCAAGGCGCUUUUGGACCUGAGUCUGGAUCAGACCCCAUGGAGUGUAAAUCAAAGGCCAAGACAGACAGCAAGCUUGAAGGUCAGCAACAGCAGGAGGGGAUGGAAAUUGGGUCAAUGGCUUUGUCACAAAGCAUAAUGCAAUUUACUUCAAACGAAUCUGGGCCUGAGUCUGGAUCAGACCCCAUGGAGUGUGAGUCACAGGCAAAGACAGGCAGCAGGCUUGAGGAUCCGCAAGAGCAGGAGAUGGAAAUUGAGCGAAAUGCUUUGUUACAAAGCAUAAUACAAUGUACUUCAAACGGGUCUGAGAGUUGUUUAAUUGACAAAAGUGGGGCACUAUGGAAGCUGCAAAAAAUCCAAGUUGCCGCGUAUAUUGCAUUUUCCCCAAACGCUGUUCCGACACCCAUCUGGUUCAGGUGUACCCUUUUGGAUUCAACAAUGGAACGUCUGCCUUUGGGGAAGAAUGAGGAGUUGGUUAGCGAUGUGAUACACCUGUCAUAUAAUGAAUCAUCAAGCUCUGGUUUCACUGGGGAGUUUGAUGAAACAGUGACAGUUGCCCUCUCACAUAGUGCCGCUAAACUUAAAGGAUAUGAAGUUGUAAUUGGCGAGCUAGUUGAUUCGACUAAAAGCGAGUGGACCGAUUUGGAGACAAUAAACGUUUGGGAAACCCCAGAUGUCGAAGGAAGCCUCUUGUCAAGGCUAAGAGUGCCAUACGCUGAGGCCAGAGUGACACGCUGUUCCACCUAUGCUGCUUUCUGCAGAUUGAAGUCGCACACAUUCUCUGUUGAACAUACGCGUAGUCAGAAGUUUAUCUGUAAAAUCCCGGAGUAUCCAGACUUACAGGUUACAAUUCCUGCCAAAAUUGAGACUGAAAGGAACUUCCAUUUAACACUGAAGGUACAAGAAAUCCCAGAAGAAUGGUUGGAAGAAUGUGGAGUCUUGGUUGGACCUGUAUUGCAUAUCACAUGUUCCAGCGCUCUUCAACUAUUAGAACCAGCAGAAAUUACACUUCCCCUGUCGCUCAGAGCUGACGCGAAACGAUAUAAAGAUUUAUCAACCCGUGGUAUAGUGGUGUCAGCAAAUGCUGACGACGGAAUAACAGGCUGGAAAGAUAUAACAAAGGAGCUGCCAAGACCAGUGAAACUAAAUGAUGGAAUGGUGACAUUUCAAGUCACACAUUUUACUCGGUUUUGUGUAUCGCAAAAGAAGAGAAAACUUUUAAGAGACAAGAGGAGAAGAAGGUUAAGUGGGCAAUCUCUUCUAUAUCAUCUUGCUGAUAUGAAGCCAAGAGCGGCCGGAUUCGCUGCGUGCUUGUGCAAAGCCCACGAGUAUGGUGGUAGAAAUUCUCAAUUGAGAUUUUGCUGUUAUCCUAGUCAUUUGGAAAAACGAGUAAGAGAGGAAUGGUUUUCUACAUACUCAGUCUUCCUUUAUGGAUGUGGAAGCUCUAACGAGAAUCUCUAUGAAGAUGUCCAAAUAACUGCAUCGCUUCAUGAGGGUCUCAAAACUUGUAAUGACGCAUCAGCUGAUGAUUUUAUUUUGAGGUUUAAUCGUUCAGAGAAGUACGAAAGCGAAGCCAUCGUGCAAAGGAAGCCAGGACGAAUUCCUCAAAUUAAGUUCAUUAAAAAGGAUGGCUUGAAAUGCCUCCGGACCAUGAGAAUUGUUCCACCUCAAGUUUUACAAGAUACACUUGGUAUGUCAGAGGUAGGCGAUAGUCCAGAAAUUAUAAGGAUUUCGUCUUCUAAUGGUGGUCCAACUCCUAAACGGUCAAAAACGAUGAAAGCAGAUACAGUUAAAGAAGGCUGUCCCACUUUGGCGGAGCUGCAAGACUUGGCACAGAAGCUUGACAAGUGGAAGCCUCUUGGGCGUCAUUUGCUUGACAUGGAUGAGUCUAGGAUUGAACAAAUCGAAAAUCGGCAUAAAGUACUGGAGGAAUGUGCCUACCAAACUUUGCGGGUUUGGAAACAGACAAACCAUACAGCUGCAACUUAUAGAACUCUACACACUGCCCUAUGUAGGGUUAAUCGCAGGGAUUUGGCCGAGGAAUUUUGUUGUGUAGGCACAGGUGUUUCAUCUUUGCUAUGAAAAAUUCUGGCUAUGAACUGUGUAAGCCAUGCUCAGUUUUCCCAAUGAGGUUUUCACCAGCCAAGUGUUCCGUAUUAGGAAACAUUGUUCCCGCUACUCAGGAUAUAAAGGGCACCGUCUUUCGAAAUACAGACUAAACUCGGCUGGUAAAUAACAGUGUCCUUGUCUUCUUAAACCUAGAGAAUAAUGUGCAAAUUGAACCCGAACAACUUUGGGAUUUAAUUGUGGCAGGAUUUCUCAUGAACUGACCAAUCGUCGAGUGAGUAGAUAGAAUAGAAAGGAAAGGUAAUUCUUAACAGGAAGAAAGAGGCAUUUUGAUGAGACAUUUUUCUGCAAUUAUUUGACACUAUCUAACACCUGUUUAUUAAAAACCGCUCACGAUAAAAUGCACAUGUACACUUUAGAAUAGACUAUAGUUCUAGCCCCCAAAGGGUGGGUAACGCUAUCCACUGGGUAGUCCUCUCUCUGGUGGAUAGGGCAGUACGUAUCGUUAAAAUUUAUCCGCUGGAUAGCGCUGUCCCUCGAACAACCGACGAUUAAUCUACGUGGGUUUACUUCCGUCCACUUUCAAA